UUUUACAAUUUAAAAAAGUAUCGAUAUUUCAUUUCGAUUCGAUAAGACGGUUCGACAUCUACUGGUCGGAUUGUGCACUAAUCGUGUAACAGAACGUGUUGUGCACAUAUAGUCGGAGUAGUAGUGUCUAUUCAGAAAAGAGAAUGAAUAUAUCCUCCCUUUUACGACCAGCACGAUCUGCAUUAUCCUUACAUAGGAAAUUGAAUUGUUGGACAGCAGCAAUAACAAAGAAGCAUAGAAAAUUUUAUUUAAAUACUUUUCCUGUGCAUCUUGUUUUAUCAGAUGGCAGUAGUAUUAAUAUCGAAUACAAUGAACCAAGAAAGAUAAUUACUCUUCCUCUCGACAUUGAGACUCUUACCGAAGAACAGAAGCAAAUUAGAUUGGAGAAACGUAAGACCAUAGCUAAAGCAGAAAUAGUCGAAGAAUACGAAGAUGAUUUUGAUGAAACUCAGUUCUAUUAAAUAAUUUACUCAACUGUAUCAUUUUUUAAAUAUUGCACAUGGAAUUCACAUUACAGUUUUAUAUUAUAAUCGUUUAGCUUUUUGCAUGUUUAUUUUUGAUUAUAAAUAGAUCAUCUAGUACAGUAAAUCUCAAAGUAUAUCAACGAUCUGUACUAUAGAAACACAUCAUGUACAUAUUAAAUGUAAUUUAAUAAAAUAAUAAAUGUAUUUAAAUGUAA